AGUCAUCGAAUGCAGCACCGUGCUUCGAGAUUUGCAUCGCGGUCGCAAGCAAGCACAGCCCCGGGUCUGAACGAUGCUGUGGCGAGCUAUAUCAAGGGGUUGAAGAAUAGUGGCCUCGAAGAGGGCUUGGAUUCGAUCAGAUUCAUCAAGGUAAGUUUUCUUAUACGUUUGCUUGUGGCUUUUCAGAUCGCGGCAGGUUGUUGGUCGCACAGCAGAGAAGCUCAACAUCAAGAAAUUGACUUACCUUGGAUUAGAUUGGGAGAAGCGAGAUGCAUUUGUGCGACAAGCAAUCAGCAACUCGUUGGACAGAAAAAUACAGUUGCAUGGAGUACCUGUUGUAUAGUGUGUUCACGGUGGGUGACUCAUCGGAGCUAGAGCUAAACCCGGGAGACAACAUGCUUGCAGUGCUCAAGGCUUAUUUUCUUCCAUUUUCUUUUCCUCAGGUGAAACUUCGCGUAAUGAAUUGUUGAAAGGUUUGAAAA